AUGCUUCUCAAUCCUUCACACAAGAUCACAUUCAGUGGCUUGCCACCUGAUGUGCUCGAUGCAUACGUGCGAUACAAGAAAGGGAGCCGUGCCCUGGUGGCCUGGUUGAUUCAGUACAGUCCGACACCGAACCGUCGCGUCAAAACGCUGCCCAUCAAGGAACUCGAAGCUCUGGCAAAGACCGCCGCAAAAAGCCUCCGCUCUGUACCAGACAUGGUUCAUUUCUAUUUUCGAGAAACAAUCUCGUCCCGGAAGAGACUCAGCAAGUAUUUCCGCGCACAGGUAGAUGAAGCGGCUGUGGAUGUCGACACGAUCAAUCACGAGCACUUUACGACCAGCCUUGCUCAGAUUUACAGCGAUCUUUGCGAGUGUUGCGGUCGCAACGAUCAUAAAGUGAGAAACCAAAAGAAGAACGCAGCCACAGCCUUGGAAGGUCCCAAAAACACCUACAUUGGCCUGGACGUGGAGCAUAUCGACGAAACCGAAGUAGAGCCUGGGCAGAAUGCGCUUUCUUCAUGUCCAGAGUGUACAGCAGUAACCCCGACGAAUUGUGAUGGCAAGAAUUCAGAAGUCCAUUUUGCAGAUGAUGAGCUCGGGCUUUUUCUCCAAGUGAAUGAGGCCAUUCAGCGUAUCCGCGAUAUUUCGUCGUCUGCUGAACGUUGCUGGACUCUGGCUGCGAAUGGGCACUUUUCCUUUCCAGUAGCCGCCUUCGUCACAAAUGUUGCAUUUUCAAUGUUGCGACAAGUCGGGAUCGAAUUGCUCGAGCAUGAUGAGGAACUCAGCCUUUCGGGACUUCACCAGAUGUGCUGUAAGCGGUCCGGAAAUGAAAUAGCGAACGGUGAAAACUUUGGCGGCGCCGGCCACGUUCUCCUCGACGAGCUGCAGAAGCUGGAGCAAUCAGUCCUUCAUUUUCGAGAAGGGCACCGCAAACUACUCAUCCCGUCAUGCGCGGCAUGCGUCCAGAAACCCGCAGAGUACAUCCAACCGCCAGCAGACGGCAGCGGUACCACGGCCCGGCCUCAGUUCGUGGAAGCGAUAGUCGACAAUAUCGUGCACCUCGUUGCUCGGACCGCGGCGCCGCCCAACAUCAUCCGAAACAGCACGCCCGUAUACGCCGACGUGGGGUAUCUGAUCACCCGGACCGACGACGAAAACGCUCAGUCUUGGUCCGCGAUCCUCGGGCUCAGUCUCUUGACCAAAGGUUACAGGAGCUAUAUCGAAUCACUGUCUUCGGCCAACGAGAUCUCCAGGUGCCGUCUCGCUGCUCUCCGCCUGGCGCAGCAAGCUUCCUCUCAAGUGUCUCGAGUGCUCAAUGACAAGACAUGUUUCCCGUGCCGGUGCACGCAGACGUUGGCGUACCACCUGCAGAACCUCGAGGCUGACUUGAGUUCCUACGCCAAGUACAAGUGCUGGGACAUAUACUUCCAGUCGCCGUGGGUCGCGGGGAACCAGAUGCUCGAGAUUCUCGAUCUGUGCCAUUACUACGGCAUGCGGCUGUUCAACUACCGACACUACGUCGGCGCGGUGUUGCAUUCGUACAACGCCCUCACACAACUAGAGCGUCUCGAGAAGAUUCCGAUCCUCGAAAGCCUCUGCGACCAGUUCAGCGGCGUCUUCUUCCCCGGUGGCACACGGCCCAAGGGCAGUUUCCGCGCGUGUUGGAGCCGGUACGUUGGCGCUCGGCUGAAAUUCAAAAAGGGCCAUAAGAACCGAAACAGCAACGACGCAUGGUGCAUGGCGAUCCCCGCACACGCCGCACGCCGUGCUGCCGGACUCGGAGCCCACGGCGACUCGUCGGACGCGAGCAGCAAGAUCGACUGUCUUCUGUUCAAGGUCAAACAGCACGACUACCACGUCGGCGAGGACGUGUGGGACAGUCUCAACGGCGGGGGUGCGCUCGUCGAGAGCAACAACAACAACAACAACAACAACAACAACACACAUUAUAAAAAGGGACACGCUGGCGCGCGCAAGGGACGGAGCGGUACGAGUAGUGGCAGUAGUAUUGCCUCCACCGCGGUCUCGUCGCAACGUCGGGGCUCAUCAUCGUCACUGGAAUCAUCGCGGCUUCUCGACCUCGCCGAGGCAGCGCAUAAGUCUUUUGCAACCGCGACGACCGACUCCGGAACCAACGCUGCGUUUACGUUGCCCCUCGCGCGCUUGAACAUGUUUGCCGUCUUCGAAAAGUGCCUGCAGGUUGUGUCGACCUUGUCAGACGGCACGCACGCCGGCCAGGACGAGAAGGGGAUCAACUGUAUCUGUUUCGCCAGUGCCAUUCUCACGGGCGGAGAUAGGAUCGUCGAUGGCCGGAAACUGGGCCGUUUCGAGACGUGGAAGAAGGACGAGAAGGAAUGCGUCACUCAAGCUGGAAAGGUGAUUUUGAAGACUUUCGGGAAUGUCAAGACUAGCGAUCAUGAUCACGAUCAUGACAACGGUAGGAAAAACGAUAGAGAGCAAUGGUUAUGGAGUGUUUAG